UAUUUUGCGUGACUCACAUUCGGUCACACUGAACUAUUAUUGCUUGGCGGCUCAACUGAAUAUCAUAUCUUGAAACUUCUAGCUACAAAUUCUACAUAAAAAGUAUAAAACAAACAUCCAAAUGGCUCAAUUCGUAGCCAACCCACCUCAGCAAAAUUACUAUUUCAAGGAAUCGAUUGCAUACACCGAAGACCACAUUCCCGUCCAGAAGCUUUAUCUGUACAAAGUGCCAGCGGAGUUGAGUCAAAAUGUCUUGGAGCUGCAUUUCUGUGGGUACGGCCGAGUAGUGCGUCUGCAGAUUUUUCGACCCAGGAACGCCCCACGUGGAAGUUGCUUUCGAAGUCAGCGUCGAUUCACUGGCUAUGUAUUCUUCGCCGAUGCCAAGGAUGCAGCAAAGGCCCUGCAAGGUAGGGUUCAUCAUGUUAACGGGCGAAAAUUUCAUGUCCAGGCCAGUGAUAGCUGGCACCAGCCUGCUGCCCAUAUACCACGCCAUUUGCCCGUGGUACGUCCAAAUAUUAGGGCCCCGCCGCCACCACCCAUUUUUGUGCUGAACGAUCAUUGUUUGGAGUACAUCUUCAAAUAUCUUUCGCUGCCAGAUCAAGUUCACUUCGCCAGGGCCUGUUCACGCUUCAGAUCGAUUUACAAGCUAGCCUCGCCCAGACUGCACAAAAUAGUUGAUCUCUGUCAUUUCGACGAAAUGACUGUAUGGGAUAUGCGAGAUUUCUUUAGAAUUUCUGGACCACAUGUGCAGCAGAUAGAGGGCGUGAUGCCCACAUCUCGGACACAGCGCUUCUGCGAUUACCUAUCAACCAGCUGCCCAAACCUGAAGGCAAUGAUGCUACUCAGCAGCCCCCUUAAUUCGCGCAACAUGAACAAAUUAUUUUCCAAGAUGCAAAGUCUGGAGACUCUCUACAUGCCGAUGUCAAACUUGACCGAUGCAGCAAUUUUGACACUGCGCUAUAUGCGCAAUUUAAAGACGUUGAAUAUUAGCUGGAACUCGUUUUCAGGAUAUACCCUGUCCAAGUUGACUGCUCCAAUCGAAACGCUGUCGAUGAACGAAUGUUUAUCGUUCCAAACAUUUGAGUUGCCCAGGAUUUGUAAAAAGUUUAGCCAGUUGAAGGAGCUAAACAUUACGAAUAUGAAUACAUCCUAUUUUAAGGCCUACCAGGUGCUGGUGAAGGAAAACGCCUGCCCCAAUCUGGAAAUUCUGCGGAUGACGGCUUUCGAAGGCGACACCUACGAGUUUAUGGCUCAACUACCCAGUCUGAAGCAGCUGUUUGUUUAUCCAACAAUAAUUGGUCAUAAUACGUUGCGCGAGGAACUCUUCGAGCAGUUGGCCGAGUAUAAAGCGCACCAGUUACUGCGCCUUGAGAUCCACGGAAACACCGUUCUCUCGAGGCAAGCAGUAACUAAGAUAUCCAAGCUGACUGAACUUCGCCGACUACUAUUACCCCGUAUCGACGCAGACAGCGGGAUAGAUCAUUUAUCGAAUCUUCAAAAUCUGGAGCAGAUUACAAUUCAACAAUCUGAUAGCACCAGUGGAUCGGCUAUAUUACAUCUAUUCGGUGCAUGUCCAAAAUUGAGCGAUAUUCAUUUGGAUGGUUACGUGGAUCCGUGCGACAAGCUGGUACUUGGAAUCGUUUCCCGGGUCCGCCAGGAGACUGCCAACAAGGAGAUGCAUCGGAAGUUGCCCAUAAAACUUUGCGUCUUUCUUAAAGAUACCGUGAUGGAGGAUCUCCUCAAUAAUAACAAUGUGGCUCCUAAGGACAUCAUCCAACUGAGAUGUACAACACAAUUUGACCACGAUCUGACCGGCAUCGACUUUGUCAAUUUGAUAGAAGACGAAUUUGACUUUGAUCCAGAUGAUAUAGAUCUGGCGGAUGACUCAGGAGAUGAUGAAUCUGAUUAUUUUGAGCGACGUGACAUGUUUGAUGCCGGCUACCUAGACGAUAGUGACUUUGACGAGCGCGAGUCUUUCUUUGAUAUCGAGAAUCAGGAUAACGAUGAUGAUGGUAUAGUUUUAUAUGAGGAUGUUAUUGACCCGUUGCCGUAGUUGAAAUAUGAGAACUUUGGAACCUUCAUUUAUUAUUUUUUUUGUUAAAUCGAAUUAAAAGUUAUGUCGCCAAAGAAGGCAGAUACUAUUUUUA